AUGACGCGAAAGUUGAGCAAGUUUUUGAUACUAUUCGACAAUACGAACCUAUUGUAUUUUCCCGGCCACUUUUUGUCCGGCCGGGUGCUCAUCGAGCUGGACGAUGAGGCUUACGUUUCAGGAUUGCAUUUCCAUGUCAUCGGUGAAGGAGUGGUCCGCGUGCGUAGUCAACGCGCCGAGAGGGUCUACGACAAGGAAAACUAUAUAGAUUUUCGUAUGAGAUUGCUCGGGGAACCAGGGGAAGGACCGUCGCUGCUAUCGCCGGGAAUUCACAGCUUUCCAUUCAAAUUAGGUCUUCCACUCGGUCUGCCGUCAACUUUUCUAGGGAAACACGGCUGGGUCCAAUACUACUGCAAGGCUGCGCUUCGCGAGCCCGGCGGCCUCACGCACAAGAAUCAGCAAGUGUUCAUCGUGAUGAACCCCAUCGAUCUGAAUCUAGAGCCGCCGAUCCUGGCGCAACCUGCACGACAAGAGAUCGAGCAACGGGUCGGUGUCUCCUGUGUCUCCGGGGGCCCUGUAUUCUGCAGGGUGAGCCUCGACAGAGGCGGAUACGUUCCAGGUGAAACUAUUGGCAUUUCAGCGACCGUCAGCAAUCGGAGCAAGGUGACGAUGAAAUCGACUAAAGCAUCGUUGACUGAAACAAUUCAGUAUUUGUGUCGAGGUAAAGUACUUGCGAGCGAGACACGAGAGUUGGCCAGUGUCUCCAGGGGGAAAAUACGUCCAGGCGAGGGUGAAGAGUGGUUGAACGAACAAAUGUACGUUCCUCCAUUACCGCCCACCAAUCUGCGGGGGUGCCACCUAAUCAACGUUCUUUAUCACGUUUACUUUGUAAUAAGCCCAAAGAGUCUGGAUAAGGAAAUCAAGCUCCAAAUACCAAUUGUCCUAGCCACUUAUCCUUUGAGGCAGGAAGGCGCUCCAGCGGGAACCGCGCCGUCGAAACGAGGAGCACAUUACCCGUCAACGUUACCGAUAUUUCGACCGUGGCUGGACGACAAAGCUUUCGAAAUACAAGAGUGACCAGGUUUAAUUAACUUUCACCGAUGUCCUCGAUACAUGUGGAUAUAAACUUCUCGACGGAAGUGAUUCCGUGGGGGGUACUCGUAAUGACAACGUGAAAAGAUUUAAAGACAGUGACAGUGAACUCAGCCUUGGAUACCGUUAAUACGCUUAUAACGAUACUUAUUCUAAAACAAAA